AUCCAGUCCCUGGCAGCCAUCGUCCCGUGCCAUGGACACCCUGGGCAUCCGAGUACGGCGACAAGGAGCGGCGGGCUGAUGCCAAGAUGGUCUGCGAUGUCGUAAGUCGGAUGGAGGACACAGAGCCCUUCUCUCCCGAGCUGCUGUCAGCUAUGAUGAGGCUCUGGGCAGACUCUGGGAUCCAGGAAUGCUUCAACCGGUCCCGGGAAUACCAGCUUAACGACUCGGCCCAAUACUACCUAGACAGCCUAGAUCGAAUUGGAGCUGCAGACUACCAGCCCACGGAGCAGGAUAUCCUCCGAACCAGGGUCAAAACAACUGGCAUCGUAGAAACCCACUUCACAUUCAAAAACCUCCACUUCAGGCUCUUUGAUGUUGGGGGCCAGCGGUCGGAACGCAAGAAGUGGAUUCACUGCUUCGAGGACGUCACAGCGAUCAUUUUCUGCGUGGCUCUGAGCGGCUACGACCAGGUGCUGCACGAAGACGAGACCACGAACCGCAUGCACGAAUCGCUGAAGCUUUUUGACAGCAUCUGCAACAACAAGUGGUUCACAGACACCUCCAUCAUCCUCUUCCUAAACAAGAAGGACAUAUUUGAGGAGAAAAUUAAGAAAUCUCCACUGACUCUCUGCUUUCCUGAAUAUACAGGCCCCAGCUCUUUCACAGAGGCAGUGGCUUACAUCCAGGCUCAGUAUGAGAGCAAGAACAAGUCCCCCAACAAGGAGAUCUACACUCACAUCACCUGCGCCACCGACACCAACAACAUCCAGUUCGUCUUCGACGCCGUCACGGACGUCAUCAUCGCCAACAACCUGCGGGGCUGUGGACUCUACUAAAGCCUUCUCCUCCCCUUCCUCUCCUCCCUCUCCUCCCACAGGCCAGUGGCCAGGUCCUCUCUCUUUCUUGCUGUGGGGUUUUUUGGUUUGUCUGUUUCCUCCUCAAAAGAUGUUGAGGAAGAGAAGCAUAAAUGCCUCCUCCCAGCCCAGAAUGCUCUGCAGCCAGUUCUGCUUUCCCCGGCCCCUUGAUUUGGUUCAUCCCAUCCCUGCCUGGUUCUGCCUCUCUGUUCAGCUGCAGCCAGCUCUGCUUUCCCCACCCCUUGACUUGGUUCAUUUUUGGUUCAUGCCCUCCCUGCCUGGUUCUGCCUCUCUGUUCAGCUGCAGCCAGCUCUGCUUUCCCCACCCCUUGACUUGGUUCAUUUUUGGUUCAUCCCCUCCCUGCCUGGUUCUGCCUCUGUGUUCAGCUGCAGCCAGUUGUGCUUUCCCCACCCCUUGAUUUGGGUUCAUUUUUGGUUCAUGCUCUCCCUGCCUGGUUCUGCCCCUCCAUUGCAGCUCACAGUGCUGCAGAGGGAGCUAACUGCCUUGCUCACCAAGUGCAUCUCAACUGCCAGAAGGCAAAAAUACUUCAGUUUUUCAAAUCAGGAAAGAACCAAAGCCUUAAAAUAUUGAUCAGUGCAGUUUAGGGCUGCAACUUCAUAGUCUUUCCUCCCCCCCCACUGAAGUGAAGGGAUCUUUUUCACUCUCUUGCUUUUUUAAACUCUAGUCCAUUGGAAAGUGCUAGAUACAAGAGGAUGGCUUUGAGGGUGCCUUAAGCCUGCAGUUCUCACCCCAAAGCUGGAGGGGUCGAUGCUGGACCAAAGCAUCCACAGCUUGGAUUUGUGUAUUCCCCUUUUUCCCCCAGCCAGCUAUGUGAACAAGCAGCCAGCCAUGCUGAGUCCUGCUGGUGUCUGAGGCAGACACAGUAACACAGCCUGCUAAGCCUUGUCUAAAACCAUUCCUCACUGGUAGCAGCUUUACCUCAAGCCUCUCAAAAUUAGUGCUAAGAUGAGCCUAGUGGUUUCAGUAACUCCUUCCUUGAGCUCUUCUCUGGAUGCCAGGGAGCUGGUGGGCCAAGCGAGGAGGUGGCAGCUGGGCUGGGACCUCUGGAGCGUAGGCAGCCAGGGUGCCUUGGAGAUGGCAUCGUGAUGGGGACCAUGCACAUCAUGGGGUGUCCUGGUGAGGAUGCCUGCCAACCUUCCCCAAAGCACCUCCUGCUUUCAGCACAGCUGCUGCUCCUGCAGGCAGCUGGCAUCUCUUCUAAGUGCCAGCCCUGAAGCACUAGGGAGCACCAAAAAUGUUUCACCCUGGCUUCCUCUAGGCAGAGCUUAGCCCUCAAGUGUUUGACGUGAGGAGAGGUGCUCUGAGAAACCUCACCACUGUUAGGUGACAGCAAGGUGUGCACCUCUGGCAUCUAAAUGCCCUUGAGAAGCUCAGCUUUGCACUCUGAGCCUCCUCAGGCGAGCAGAAGCAGGCAGCUAGGCAGUGACAUCUCCUGCCUGGCCACCCAAGAGAGGCAGCUCCAGGGUUGGUGUCUCCACUCAAAGUAUCUAAAGCAAGAGGGAUGGUUUAAACUUGGCCACAGAGUGUCAAGGGGGUGCUCAGGCAGCUGAGUUGAGUCAAGUGGUGGAGAAGGAAGGAAAAGUGAAAGCAAGAGAGGGAAAGAAGGAAGGAAAGGCAAUAGGGGAGGUGUGGAAGGGGCUGAGGUGGCAUCUAGAACAGGCAAAUGUGGGGGCACAGAGAGGAGGACAGACAUGGCUGGGCUGUCUGCCAUCAGCAAGAGCUGGUGCUUCUGGUGUGAAAGCAGAGAGGGCUGAGACAGGCAGGGAGUCACCUCUGAGAGUGCAGAGGGACCCUUGAAAGUCCACCUUGAAAGUUCAUUUGGAAUUGUGCCAGGGGAGGGUUUGGUUGGAGAUGAGAAAAUAAUUCUUUGCUGCAGGAGUGGUCAGGGAUCGGCACAGGCUGCCCAGGGAGGUGCUGGAGUCCCCAUGCCUGGAGGUGUUCUAGAACUGUGUGGCCAUGGCACUUGGGGACAGGGCUCGAUGGCUGGGGUGGUCUUAGGUGGAUGGUUGGACUGGAUGAUCUCAGAGGGCUUUUCCAACCCAAACAAUUCCAUGAUCCAGUGAAGUGCCCAGGGCAGUUUUGGUAAGGGCCAUCUAAAUUAGCUCAACCCAAAUCGCUGCCAAACACAGCCAAGACUCCAGUGCUGUGCUGCAGGCUGGGCUCAGGUGCUUGGCCGUGCCUUGUCCAAACUCCCCCCUUACCCCACCCCCUGCACAGCUCCAGCUGCUUCCCCAGGGCACUGGUGAGAGCCAAUGGCUGCUGCUCCACAGGGGGACAAAGAGGAGGCAACGUGGACAGGCAGAGCCUUCUGCCUCGUUCUCUCUGGCAUAGUAAACACCCAAAGCUUCAUUUCAGCUGCUGCUGCUGCUGCCUAGCACGAGUGUCACGAGGCUUGAGUGACAAAGGCUGGAAGCAGCAUGUGGAAGGUGAAAUGCUUCCAGGGUUAAGUGCCACUGCUGCUGCUGCUGCGGAAUGCCUGCCAAAGCAUCGCUCACCGCUGGCGCCCUGCGCCCUCCCAAGCCCCUGCUGCCCCAUGUGCCUUCCACAGGCAAGCAGAAUGUGCCUUCCACAGGCAAGCUUCUGCCUUCUGGCUUUUCUAAACACCAGCAGCUGCCUAGAAAGAAGGAUUUGGAAUGCAUCCUCUGCCCCCAAAAGCCCUCUUCUUAAUAGCCCCUUGUGGUCCGUGUCCAGACCUUCCCAGACCCUGAGUCUUGCUUCAUCAGCAGGCUCCACGACAGCAGGGGUGGCACAACCAGGAGUUGUACCAGGGCACAGGGGACAGCUUUGAAAAGCACAAAGGGAGAAUGUGGCCUGAGAGGAGCAGCUGAGGGAGGUGGAAUUGUUUAGCCUGCAGAAGAGGAGACUGAGGGGGAGACCUCAUUACUCUUUACAAGUCCCUGAAGGAGGCUGCGGUGAGGUGGGGUUGGGCUCUUCUCUCAAGUAACAGCUGAUAGGACAAGAGGAAGUGGCCACAAGAUGCACCAGGAGAGGGUGAGGCUGGAGGUUAGAUAAAAAGUCUUUGCUGCAAGAGUGGUCAGGGAUUGGCACAGGCUGCCCAGGGAGGUGCUGGAGUCCCCAUCCCUGGAGGUGUUCAGAAGCCCAUGGCCAUGGCACUUGGGGACGUGGCUUAGUGGCCACGGUGGUGUUGGGUUGCUGUUUGGUCUGGGUGAUCUCAGAGGGCUGUGUGAAAUUCAACCAGCAAGGGAUGCACCCUGCUGCCCUUCAGAGCUAAGGUGGGAAUUUGCCAAAGGAGCCCUCUGGGGCAUGCAGGAGGUUGUCAGUGCCUCAGGUCACUUAGCAGUGACAUCUGAGGGGCACCAGCUUGAAAGUAGUGUUAGCAACUCAUGAAGAGCAGCAGGCAGCAGCAAACAGGAAGAGGGAAGCCUCUGCACUUGCCCUGUCAUGAGAGACUGGGGCUGUGGAGCCCUGAGACAAAAGUAGUGCAAACAGCUCCUUUAUUGAAACAAGAGUUUCAGUGAGCUAGGGAAGCCUGGGGAAGGAAAGCCCUGAGAUGAGGCUGCAGGGUCAGGAGAUGCUGUAGCUGGGCUUGCCAGGAGCAGCAGCAAGAAGCAGGCACUGGGAAGCACACAGUAGAACCCAACCACACAUUUCAAAGGCCUUUUUCUUUUCCUCUCUCUUUAGCAAAUAGGUUUCCCACUGCCGUUCCCACAUGCAGGCAGAGGAGCCCAGCUGAGCAGCAGGACAGCUCAGCGAGGCCAUCUGCUAGCACCAGGCUGUCUCUGCUGCCCCUGCCCUCCUGGCAGGGCCCAGCCAGCUCUGGCAGCUUCCUAGCACCUCCCAGGAACUCUUCCAACUGAACUCUCUCAGGUGUGUUGUACAGGAAUUAGCUUGCUGCCUUCAGCCAGCUUCCCUGCCUUGGCUGGCCAGCGUGGCCUUCUCUGGAGGGGAGAAGACCCUGAGGAGCAGGAGGCCCUCGUGCCUCCUCAGCUGGUGUGAUUCUGUUUUACAGGACACUAAAAGCAUUAAUGAGAGCAGUUUGUGCUGUAGUGGACAUCAAAACGCAGCUGCUGGGUUUGAUCUGUGGCGUGAGCCCAGCGCCUGCUUGCAAGGCAGCAGACUUGGUUCUCGGGCCAGGAAUGCAACCUCCAAGAGGUCAGGAUGGGACAUAGCAGAUGCCAGAACAUCUCCCCGUGCCCAGGCAGCUGCUGUGUGCCACGCAGCCUGGGAUUCUGCCGCGGGUUGCAGUCGAUGCUGUGAAAGGGACCAGCCCUGCGCUGUCAGCCUGUGCCGUGUGGCCAGAAGAUCUCCUGGCACUGGGGCAGUGUUGCUGGGAACAGAGCUGACUCUGUGCUGCUUAGAGAAGCUUAGGACUGCUGUGUUUGUGUCUUUGCCACGGGCCAGGCUUGCCCUCAGGCUCACAACCAAAAAUUGCCCAAUCACAGAAGGUUCCUGCAGGAUCUGCAGGGUGAGCAGAGGUGGUGCUGCUCAGCACCCUCCUGAGCACCCAGCCCCGCAGCCUUGCGUGGGCCAGGGGACACAAGAAGCAGGCCAUGGCCUUGCCUCCGUCUCCCCAGAGGAAAGAGCAGGCAGAAACCCUGUCCCAAAGCACCUUGAGCCUGGAGUGUCCAUUACCACUGCCGAGCUCCUGUGGUGGCACCAGCUAAUGGGUGCUGACAGGUGGAGGCACCUGACCUGUAUCGGAUGUCACACUCAGAACAUGGCUUAUGGGAAGGGACAGCUCACAGGAGCAGCAGCGUCUGAGGUCUUUACUGAUGCUGCAAAGCCCAGCAGGUGAACACCAGCAAGUAUGACACUGAUGCAUUCAGUACCUCCCAGCUGGCACAGCACAGGCAGGGGGAAGAGAACUGGGUUGGAGACAGGGCAGAACCACCUCUCAUCUCCUAGAAACGGCAGCUCAGUUCUGCACAGGCUCUGGGUGCAGCAGGCAUGGGAAGGAGAGACCUGGGGAGGAGGUGGAGGGCUGGGAGCCAGCCCAAUCGCUUCUGCCCUGGCCCCUCUCCCACCCACUGCCUUGGAAGCGACCGCUGCAGUCCAAUCCUGGCUGUGCUGUGGCACAGGCAGUUGGCUCUGGGUCUGAACCCCCUGAUCCAGGAGUGGGAGAGGAGAUGACAGUGGGUAACACUGUUUUCAGCAGUGCCUGAGUCUCACCAGCUUCCCCAGCACUGGAGCAACCCAGCUGCACUGGGCAAGCAGGGAGGGUUGUGUUUAAAGACAGCCACUGCCCCACUCACUAGCCCAGAGCCCUAGUCUAAAGGGUGGACCAGGUGAUCCUCCAGGUCCCUUCCAGCCUGGCAUUCUAUGACCCAUUUAACACCCUCAGCUCUAUUCCCUCCACCUCCCUUUUCCCCCCUUCAGCUCCACAGGCGACCGGCGACCACCAGCCAGCCUCUGGGCUCCCUGCUCCCCACCACCUUUCUUCCUGAAGGAUCACCAGAGGCCACCAGGACGUCCCUUUGGCUUUCCUGCUGAUUUCUCCUGCAUGUUUGCUGGCCCCAAACUGUAUUAACUGUAAUUUUGGACAAAGGGUGUGUGCCUGUCCCUCGGUUCGAUAGAGCAGUAGCUCCUGUAAUAAUUUAUUGGCUGUGGGUAAUGUAUUUAUUAGUUACAAACUGUUAAUAAAGUGCCAGCUCUUUUCUAGUGUGA